AGGAAUAAAACAAAACGUUCGAAUUUUAAAAUUUCCAUCACGUAAACAUUUUUGGAAAACUAGUUUGUGUUCAAAUCACUGUUUCAGUAAAUAUACUCUAUGGCUAACUACAUUUACUCGCAACUUAUUCGCGUGUAGUAAUUUACGUAAUUCGAGUGCAUACGAUACGCCGGGCGUGGUAAAUAUAUACGUAAUUUGACACGCCAUUCAUUUAAUUCUUCAAUCCUAAUGCCCAUGGGUAUAACAGCUCUAAAUGAAACAGUGCUUAGUAAUCAGCCAGAAUCACGGUAUGAGUGUCCCGUCUGCCUCAAUUGGCUCCGAGACCCAGUAAUUACAACAUGUGGACAUAAAUUUUGUAAAAGUUGCAUCACAUCUUGGCUUCAGAACAGUGGCCAUUGCCCUAUAGACAACAUCAACCUAAGUAUGAAGGUGGAUAUCUUUCCCGACAACUACACGAAAAGAGAAAUACAAGAACAGAGAAUGAAUUGUCCAUUUUCGAGUAAAGGGUGCUCCGUAAAAGUAACUCCACUAGAUCUAGAUGCGCAUAUAGCCUCGUGUGAAUAUAACAAGCCGGAGACGUCAUCUCAACCCGAAAUACGUAUACCAUGUUCUUUCAAGGCAGUAGGCUGUAAGGAAAACUUUGAUAGUCAAGAUGACAUGAACCAGCAUUUGCAUAAUGAUACACAAAGUCAUAUGAGCUUACUAAUGAACGCCUAUUCAGAAAUGAAGAUAAAUAACGACAUGUCUAACGCAAGCAUUGACGCAAAAGAGCAAGAGGCUAUGACGCUAUGGGAAGCGCCCGACAAGGACGGCAACCCCGCAUCCACGCCACCAAUUAACAAUACUAGCGCGCUUAUAAGGGCUCUUUACGAAAGAGUUGUGGUACUCGAACAAAGAAAUCGCGAGCAAGACAUAGUAAUAGCGAACAUUUCGAAACAACUGUCGGCCUUCGCCGUUGCGAAGAUGAAGCAAAACAACGAAAUGUUGCUGCGCUACUGCAUGGGCAACUAUGUGUGGAAGAUCGACAACUUUAAAGCGAGACUUGACGCCAUGCUGAAGGAUCACUAUAAAAUGUUAUACAGCCCUGGGUUUUACACUUCACCUAAUGGUUACAGGUUUUGUGUUCGUCUCAACAUAUCGCCGCAAAACGAGCGUUGUUUCGCGCUCCACGUCCAUCUAAUGAAGACCGAGAACGACAAUUGCCUCGAAUGGCCAUUCAAUGGACGCAUAUCCUUCGCAAUGAUCAACCAAUACAACCCUGACAUGACGCAGAGAGAUACCAUGAUGUCCAACUCGAAUCUCAUAGCUUUCAACCGACCUACAGCUGAAAUAUGUGUCAGGGGGUUUGGAUACACUGAGUAUGCGGCGGUGAGUGACGUCAUAAGGAAUGGGUUUAUAAAAGAUGACGUGCUCAUUAUCAGAGUUCAUAUUAAAUGCGUAUGACAUGAGGAGUAA